UUACAACCUGGAGUACCCUUACCAUCACCCAAUCAGCUCAAAGGAAAAAUACUCAUCAAAAACAAAAGACUUCGCCCAGAGGUGGAAAGAAGACAAUAUGAGUUAUUCAUGAAAGGGCAGUAUCAAACGGCAGUAGAGGAGUCAUCUCAGGAUCAAGACGCCCUCACCAAAGUCAUUGAUGAUAUAGAAGGAGAGGAUGGCCCAAUGAACGACGACGACCAGUCCAGCUCAGACUCGCGAGCAGAAGAAAGUCAGUCGGCUUCACCAAAAAAAGGUGAAGUCACCCAUGGAGCUCAGUUCAAGUUGAUCAAGGGGAAAGGUCAAGGACAGCUAGCUUGUGAAAGGCCAUGUCAAGGGCAUCUAUCCUGUCCAAAAACAGUUUGGCAAAAAUCUUAAUGUAAA